AGCAGUUUGCUUCUUGUUUCCCUUUCCAACCGGAAGAUAAAGGGCUCUGGUCUAGGGAAGCCCUGGAACCAACCACGUCUUAGCCCUACUUAGGGAAGUCCCAGUCAGGAGGAGGCUCCCUCCACCCCCAACACUGCCUUCCAGCUGCGUGCCCAAGAACACACCCCUUCGCCUGACCGGAUUCCGAUAGGUCCGUGAAGCCGAGGCCGCCAGGAGAGCCGCGGUCUUAUUGGCUAGCCAGCGUGGCCCGCGCAAAGCAUGCUGGGAGACGUAGUCUCGGGCGCCGCAGUGUGUGGCUACUCUGGAGGCUUCUGACGUUGGGGAGUUGGGCCCCGCGCGCUGAGGAGGACGGACCACUUUGCCAUCUCUGUUUGCUAGUGAUGGUUCCUGAUAUGUCAGUAGGUUGUAUGCCUCUGAAGACCAUCAGCAGCAGAAGACAGAUUGGGGCAGAGGGCCGCAGCCAGCCCCGGGAGUUGGAAUGAUCAUGACAGAACCCCAGGGAGUGAUAGACUUAGACACUCCGGCUGAGACUUCCCGGGAGCAGGAAGACCUCCUGAUAGUGAAGGUGGAGGAAGAAGACUGCACCUGGAUGCGGGAGUGCAGCCCGCCAGCCUCGGAGACUUUUUACCAGCGCUUCAGGCACUUCCGGUACCAGGAGGCCUCGGGACCUCGGGAGGCGCUGAGCCAGCUCCGUGUGCUCUGCUGCGAGUGGCUGAGGCCCGAGCUGCACACCAAGGAGCAGAUCCUGGAGCUGCUGGUGCUGGAGCAGUUCCUGACCAUCCUGCCGGAGGAGUUCCAGGCCUGGGUGCGGGAGCAUCACCCCGAAAGUGGAGAAGAGGCGGUGGCGGUGGUGGAAAGUAUACAGAGAGAACUGGGGGAGCGGCGACAGCAGAUUGUUGCAUGUCCUGAAGUGCUUCCUCAGAAGAUGGUGCCACCUGAAGCAGUGCAGGAGUCCUUUAGUCCCCAGCUCCAGUCCACGGACAGCCAGCCUGAACAAGAGCCACAGAAGCCACAUCUUCCGGAGGACAAUGGUUAUGAGUCCAGGGACAACAAUGUGGAGCUCAUGGUAAAGCACAUUUCUGAGGAAGCCGAAUCGCAUUGGAUGAAUCCGGGAAGCGCUGAAAGGAAUGUUCCUCAGAGUCAAGGGUUUGCAGAAGUUGGUGACCUUAAGGGCAUGGUCCAGAGGUGGCAGGUGAACUCCAGUGUGGGGAAAUCAGGGCAAACAAGAGAUCUUAGCACUGGAAAAGACCUUAACCGGAAGCAGAACUUAAGCAAUGAGAGAGGUCACAGAUGUCUGGAUUGUGGCAAAUUUUUCCUUCAAGCAUCAAACUUCAUUCAACAUCGGCGAAUUCACACUGGAGAAAAACCAUUUACAUGUGAUGAAUGUGGGAAAAGCUAUAAUCAGCGUGUGCACCUCACUCAACACCAGAGAGUCCACACUGGUGAGAAACCCUAUAAAUGUCAGGUGUGUGGAAAGGCAUUCCGGGUGAGCUCCCAUCUUGUGCAGCAUCACAGUGUCCACAGCGGAGAGAGACCCUAUGGGUGUAAUGAAUGUGGGAAGAACUUUGGUCGGCAUUCACACCUGAUUGAACAUCUGAAACGCCACUUCAGGGAGAAAUCCCCAAGAUGUAGUGACAAAAGAAAUAAGAAUACAAGAUUGAAUGUUAAGAAAAUUUCAGAAUUCUCAGAAGCAGACAUGGAGCUAUCAGGAAAAAUCGAAAGAAAUGUUUCUCAAGUUGAAGAUUUUGGAGAUGGCUAUGACCAUCAAGGCAAAGUGGAUAGAAAACCAGGAAUUCCCAUGAAAGACAUACUUGGACAACCCUCUUCAAAGAGGGUGAAUUGCAGUGAAAUCACAUAUGUUCAUAAAAAAUCUUCCAGUGGAGAGAGACCACAUAAAUGUAAUGUAUGUGGAAAGAGCUUUAUUCAGAGUGCACAUCUUAUUCAACAUCAACGAAUCCACACUGGAGAGAAACCAUUUAGGUGUGAUGAAUGUGGCAAAAGCUACAAUCAGCGUGUACACCUUACUCAACAUCAGCGAGUCCACACUGGUGAAAAGCCCUACACCUGUCAUCUCUGUGGUAAAGCCUUUAGAGUGAGAUCCCAUCUUGUUCAGCAUCAGAGUGUGCACAGUGGAGAGAGACCCUUUAAGUGUAAUGAAUGUGGGAAAGGUUUUGGAAGACGUUCACACCUUGCUGGACAUCUGCGACUCCACUCUAGGGAGAAAUCUCAUCAGUGCAAUGAGUGUGGAGAGGUCUUUUUUCAGUAUGUUAGCCUGAUUGAGCAUCAGGUGCUCCACAUGGGUCAGAAAAGUGAGAAAAAUGGCAUUUGUGAGGAAGCAUCUAGUUGGAACUUGACUGUGACUGAAGAUAAGAAGAUUGAGUUACAAGAGCAACCCUAUAAGUGUGAUAUAUGUGGAAAAGGCUUUGGGUAUAGUUCAGACCUUAUUCAGCAUUACAGAACUCAUACUGCAGAGAAAACCUAUCAAUGUGAUAUAUGUAGAGAAAAUGGCCAGUGUUCCCAUAAAAAGCUACAUCCAAAAAUUUGUUCUAGCACGAAAUCCCAUCAAUGUGAUGAAUGUGGAAGAGGGUUCACUCUGAAGUCACAUCUUCAUCAACAUCAGAGAAUCCAUACUGGAGAGAAGCCCUAUCAAUGUAAAGAAUGUGGGAUGAGCUUUAGUUGGAGAUGUAGCCUCUUUAAACAUCUGAGAUGCCAUGAGAGAACAGAUUCCAUAAAUACUGUAAGUGUAUAGGUAUUUCUGUCGUACAACAGUUCUUACUCAGUUUCGGAGACGCCUUCCUGAAGAGAAGCCUUAUUCCUACAAUGAGUGUAACAACUUCAUGUUUUUGAAGUUUGUCAUCAUGCCCACAGAUAUGUCCAGAAUUUAGCCUUUAGGAACAUUGGAGAAUCCACAAUAAGUAGAUAGCUAUUUGCUUUUCCAUGCUUUGUUUACCAUCUUCAUGCUUGGAAUUAUAGGCAAAGAGAACAAGUGACUAUUGUGGAUGAAGAAAAGUUUCAGGUGACACUCCUUUAUUUGAAAUUCAGAAAAUUGAUACUGGAAGAAUCUCAUGAAUGCAGUGGAAAUAAGCUUGUUUUGUAGUUUUGCCUUGACAGCCUAUCUAUCCAGGGAAGAGUGCAGUGAAAAAAGAACUCCAGCCUGAUAGCUGUUGGGUACCUCAUCCAUAGACCCUUUUUAAAGCAAUGAUUAUCCCAGCCACUAGAAUACUGCAGUCAUUGUUCCCAUCUGAAUAUUAACCUUUUUGAAAAGAAACUGACAAGUUAUCUAUUUUGGCAAAAUUGGGAUCAGAGUGAAUUGUGUGAUGUGCGUUUCUGUUGCCAUAUUCAAUCUGCAACUUCUUGAAACACUCCAUGUUGUUUUGAUUCAAGUAGCAUGAAGGUUAGCUAGUGCAAGGAGUUCUAACUAGUAAAAUCAGGAGAAACUGCUGCUUAGUCACAUCAUAAGGUCAAGAAAGAGGGGCCCUGCCAGGAUAGAGAAUAGAAGAUGGGCAAAACUGGGCUGCGUUGUAUUUUAUGACCCACAAUCAUGAGGACAACCAAGUCCACAGAAAAAAUUGGACCAACUUGAGUUAAGGGUCAGGCAGUCUGAACCAAUUCCCAGGUACCGUGAUAGGCCUGUCCUACAGAGUGAUGGUGUUCAGUCAGAAUGAGUUUAAAUACACUCUGCAGCUAGCGUUGGUAGUUAAUGUAACAAGGAGCAGACUUGACAUGACCCAGUUAGCCAUACCUUUUGGGAAAGUGUUAAUUUUGAGGGGAAAAGAAGAUGGCAUGUGUAAGACUGUUAGCUUGAACCUGUUUGCUACAGGGUGAAGAUGCUUUUGGAGUCUGCUGAGCACUAUCUGGAUUUUGCCUGAGGUACAAUAAUAAAUGCUCAUUAAAUAUU